CCACAAUGGCAAGGAUAGACGGCCUCAUCAUUCUCGACCCGAACGGGAAACCGCUCAUCACGUCCAACUUUGCGUCGCACCCGCCGUCGUACCCCUUGAUCCACAUCGACGCCUUCAACCACGCCGUCGCGAGCGCGCGCGCCGAGGUCACAGAGGGCAAGGGCACCGCGAACGGGGCGAGCAAGUCCGCUACUGCUCUCGGCGUGGAGCUCGAGCCCGUGCUCUGGGUCAAUGCGCUCGGGCGGAUCGGGCCGGGCGGCGUCGGCGCGUCCGGCGCGGCCCUGUGUCACAUUGAGCGCGACGGCCUGCGAUACCUCGUGCCCGUGAGCGAGGACGUCAACCCCCUCUUCGCAUUCUCGUUCAUCCAGAGCUUCUUGGAGACGUUGACCGAGUACCUUGGCGACGUGACCGAGGGGACCGUCAAGGACAACUUUGACAUCGUCUACAUGCUCGUGGAGGAGAUGCUCGACGAGGGACAUCCCAUGACGAUGGAGACCAACAUGCUCAAGGAUAUUGUCAUCCCGCCGUCCUUGAUGCGCAAGCUGCUGAAUGUUGCAGGUGUUGCAGGGCUCCAAUCCCAGCCCACAGCACCGUUCACUGCACCAAUACCGUGGAGACGGCAGGGUGUGCGGCACGCCAACAACGAGAUCUACUUUGACAUUGAGGAGACACUGGACGCGAUCGUCGACAGACGGGGCGCGGUGCUCGAGACGGCCGUGUGGGGGCGCAUCAACGCAAACUCGCGCCUGUCUGGAAACCCGGACCUCGUGCUCAACCUCGCCAACGCCAAGACGACGCUGCGCGACCCCGCGUUCCACCCCUGCGUGCGGCAUAACCGCUGGGAACGCGACGCGGUCCUCAGCUUCAUUCCCCCAGACGGAAAGUUCAAGCUCGUCGAGUACAACAGCCGCGCGCCGGUCAAGCAGCUGCCUGUGGGACUCAAGGCGAAGCUGACCACCGAGGACAAUGGGGGACGCUUCUCGCUGACCCUCACGUCGCGAAUGAACGCUCAUCCCCUCGAGCACAUCACCGUGUCCAUCUUCCUCGGCGCGUCGACCACGAGUGUCAGCGCUACUGCGACGGGCGAGAAGCCGCCGCUUCACACUGGCGAGAGCUCGGCGCCGGCAGGUCGCGUCGGGGGUGGCACUUAUGAAUUCGACCCAAACACGCAUGUGCUCAAGUGGCACCUCGCGUCGCUCGUGGCGAGCGAGCGGUCACCGUCACUGACGGGGUCUUUUGUCUCUGCCGGAGGCCCGACACCCGACCCAGCAUUCUCCGUCGACUUCAGCGUCACGGGCCACACGUACUCUGGGCUGCGGGUGGACGGGCUCAAGGUCCUGGGCGAGGGGUACAAGCCGUUCAAGGGUGUGCGGACGACUGCCAAGUCUGGCAGGAUAGAUGUUAGGUGGUAGUCGUAGAUAGAGAAGCCCAGUCCAGUAGCUGCUGAGAAUCGCCGAUAGGAGACGAGACGAGCCUUUGGUCGCCGCUGCCGUCUCCGCGGCGACGUGAUAUUCCGCGUGCCGAGAUGUGUUUCACGCGAC